CAGAAAGUCACCUCGUCGGUCAGACAGAAGCUAGCGGCGCUAACAUGCUCACAGUGUUUCCUAGGGAAGGUCGAAAGUAGGAUAGCGUCAUCCAUUCAUAUCCUUCAAGCUUCCUGCUAUCAAUUUACUGGACACCAUCCUCCAAGUGAACAAAGGAACACUUUUAUUUUAAAAAGUCUGUGGCUUUUUAAAGAAAGAUCCUUAGCUUCCUCACCUCUUUAGCGAGCUAGCUUCUGUCAGUUUCCCAAUACAGUCAUGGCUGCACUGAGAGCCUCCUAUCACCGGAUUUUGGACAAGAUCGAGCACAAACUGCCCGCAAAACUGAGACCCCUGUACAACCACCCAGCAGGUCCAAAGACAGUGUUUUUCUGGGCUCCAGUGUUUAAAUGGGGUCUGGUUGGAGCUGGUCUGGCUGAUAUGAGUCGGCCAGCAGACAAACUCAGUCUCUCCCAGUCUGGAGUGCUGACAGCCACAGGCCUGAUCUGGUCCAGAUACUCGCUGGUGAUCACCCCGAAGAACUGGAACCUGUUUUGUGUCAACUUCUUCCUCGGCGCCGCAGGAUCCUCCCAGCUCUACCGGAUCUGGAGGUUCCACCAGGAUAAGAAGGCAGAGGAUAAGAAGGCAGAGGAGGAAAAGGCGCAAAAGGCCCUCGAGGCUCCGGAGUCCUGAGAGCUUCAUCCUGAUGCCACGCUGCGCUUCCUUCAGGGGACUGAAGCGGAGACUUCACUCCCCUCCAUCAUCUCCUCGUCGUCCCGUGUUAACACCCUGCCAUAACCCUCCUUAUACCACAUUACGCCUGUCCCUGUUGGAAAUGUGCACUUUCCCUCAAGUUUCACAUUUCCUCAGGUUUUAAAAAAACAAAGAAGACAGACAUUUUUUUUUUAACUGUAGUCAACACACAAUCAAGAAAUGUGGUCAUUAACGCACAAGUUACCCACUUGUUAAACAACUUAUGAUUGUACAUUCUUGAAUUUAAGUUCAUGCUUUAUGUCUCGUGCACUACUUGGGAAGUUUUUGCAUUUUUAACACCAUUUUUUUUACGAGUAGCAAUCAGUACCUCAUGCAAUCAUUUCCCAAAAAAUGUAACUCUUCGGGUUUGUGUUGAACGUAGUUUAAAGGGAUGUGUUCUCCAAAUGAAAUUAAGGAUUCAUCACAGUAACCUCUCCAUUUACCUAUUUAUAAUUAGAUUGCAGUUGUUGCAUCUGUACCUCAGUGAUUAUUAGGUCAAUUUUGAUUACCAUGUAAUGAUUCCUUCCAUUUUAAUGGCUUUUAAUCUGUGUGAGCAAAUCAUUAUUUAUUAAUCACUUGAUGAAAACAAAUAUCUCUAGCUGUAUAGAGAGAUUGCUGUUAUUUUCUGAUUAUUUAUCAGGACUGCUUGAACCAAUGCCACAUAUUUAACCUGUGCAACUUUUUAUUGAUUGUUACAGAGUCGACUAGCACCACUGAAAUGCUAUCGGCUCUUUAUCAGAACAAGGUGUUAUAUAUAUAUUUUUUAACUAUAGUGUUUUAUUUGACACGUUUCUACUAUAGUUAAAAUUAUAAAUUUUAAUCCCCUGAAUAUUUGAGCAAUAACUGGUGUCAUCACUUUAAAAUAUGUCUGUAUCUGCUGACUGUUUGAACAAAUGGCACUUUGACGGUCGGUCAUACUAUGUCCUCCUAAUAAAGCCUCUUUAACACC